GUUGCGCCGGGCAUGGAGGAGCUUUUGCUCUGGGAGCGAGGUUUGGCGCCCGUCUUCUCGGAGUCCCAGAAAGACCUGGUGCUGGAGCGGAUCUUUGGCAUGAUCGGCACUUCCAGCCGCUUCUAUGUAGAAGUCGGCACGCAAUCUGGGGAGCAGUGCAACACGCGCUAUCUGAGAGUGCGCUACGGCUUUCACGGCAUAAUGCUGGAUGACAACUUCCGGAACAAGCACGUAAACCUGAAACGGCAGUUCAUCACCCCGUCGAACGUGGUGCAGAUUUUUCAGGAGAACAGUGUACCUCAGCGCUUCGAUCUCCUCUCCCUGGACACCGACGGCUACGAGUGGCUGCUAUGGCUCAAACUGAAUGAAGCUGGGUAUGCCCCGCGGGUCGUGGUGUUGGAGUAUGGUGAGAACUUACCGUACACUGAAGAUGUGAUCAUCCGGCACACGACCUUCCCGGUCCACCGGCUCUGCCUCUCGCAGCUGCAACGCUUUCCGAAGGUCUCUGGUGCCAGCAUCACGAGUCUGCUCAAACUGGGUCGAGCUUGGGGCUACCACCUGGUCCACCUGGUGGCCUGUGGCACCAGCGACCUCAUCUUCAUCCGCGACGAUGCAAUGGGCGGUCGCGCCUUUCCCGCGCAGAACGACGCCGUGGCUUUGUGCCGCCUGAGCGCCUACCAAUGUGAG